AUGUUUCCCAGCUCUCAACGUUAUCAAAGGAGCCCAAUGGGAUCCAAUUACGAUCGACUAUCGACAUCCAUCAUACCCAGGACCCGCUCAGCGUCUGAUGCCUUUGGGUUGGACAGCCGCCACCAAAACACCCCUAACCUGCGGCACCGCUCGUCGCAGAAUGGGCCCAUCCAGGAAGAUGAGCCUGAUUAUCGUGCUGCGUUAGGUGACACAUUUUUCACACCCGAUAUGAUGCGAUCCGAGUCAAGACCACAUUCAUCAGGAAUCAGUCCUGAGGAAAAUGUGGUUGACCCACUCGCAUUAUCAAAUAUGGUUAGCACAAUUGGUGCUCAAUUCGGUCUCACUCCGAGAGCAAUCUCUGAAGUGGACAAAGUUCUUCAGCAACCCAAUGAACAGAGCCGCCAGAUAGCACUGAUUUGCUUCUUGGCCUCACAGUUUCCAGCCAAUCGCCAGUCCAACUCCGCGGAUCAAGUCACAGUUACGGUUGGCCCCCCAAUGGUUCAACCUAAGGGUGAUCUAUGGAAAGCCGAAGAUCGCCUUCGAACUUUCAUUCGAGAUUUGAUUAAAGACCUGCUUAUGAAAUCAUCAAUACAAGCCUACUCAACAUCAAACUCAUUACGCAAGCAUCCCAUCGUAGAAUCACUCGAGAAUCUAGUGAUUGAGGCACUAAUGGCUGUCGAUUGCAAAGUCAAAGCCAAUGAAUUGCCAGAAGGAUUUCGAAACAGUGAUCUGAAUGCAGAAGGUUUAGUACGAAAGAUUGUUAAGGAGAUUGCUAAAACAGAGAAAAGCAAAUUCCAAAGUGCACUCCUUGACGGUAUCAAUAAACCGGCAGUCGGUUCUUUAGUCCCUAAGUUGUACGAUCUGUACUUUCAGCUUGGCCGUACACGAGCUCCUAAGAGCUUAACGAUAUCUAAUGAUGUGAUCUGGAGCAUGAUCAAUCUUGCUGACAAAUGUAGGAUUGCACUUCUGCGUCUUGAAGGUACCAUUUUCCACCUCCACGCCAAGAACCCAACCCAGCCACGCAGCGGUCCAAAGGAUAAAGCCGACCGAUCAAUAUGGGACCCAGUUGAUGAGCGCCUGGCUUGGGCCAGAGACCUCCCCCCCCUGGAACAAAAGGCCUUUUACAGAUGGAUCAUUAAGUACGACAACCGAAUCUUCACAGGCAAAGAGACCUUUGAACGUAUCAAAACAUCCAAUGACAUUCAGAUUAUAACCCAAGAGGCCUUAAAGGAGUGGAUCAUACAAGGUGAACCACCAUUAGCAUGA